AUGGAUCCUCUGUCAAUGGCCGCCAGCAUUGUUGCUGUGCUACAGCUCACAUCAAGCCUGGUAGACUAUAUCAACGAGACGAGAAAUGCAACGGCAGAGCAAAAGAAGGUGGCCAUCGAGGCCAGUAAUCUCUACAGUCUUCUCACGCUCUACGCUAUCGAAUCGAAGAAGGCCGUUGUUCUUGAGACCAUGGUAAAAGAGUUGUCGACGUCGAGGAAAAGAGAUCAGUUCAAAGCAGCACUGUUGUGGAAGUUUACCAAGAAGGAAGUGGAAGAUGCAUUGGCUCGUAUCGAGCGGUUGAAGUUGCUCAUCAACUGCGCCUUGACAAAUGACUUGAUGACAUUGUCGAAAGCGAUCCACUAUGAUUUGGGGUCGGUCAAACAUCAGGUGCAUGGUGGCCGUUCGCGAGAAAGAUUUCAAGGUGAUAUGACGAACUUCGCAACUUUAGCACGAAUGGACAUACCGCAACAUGCAACGCGACAUCGUAACUGGUCUCCCACAGCUGAUUAUUUCCGUCGAAUGCGUCAUUCUCAUGGCCAGAUCUUACAUCGCUUUCAAAUCCAAGGAGUAUCGAGAACAUAUAAUGAACUGGUCGCCAGCAUCCCACUUCCAUUGGUGGGCGUGCCUUUACGACCUCUCAGCUCUCUUUACCGGGAUGACACCCACUUCAUCCCACAGCCGAACGCGGAUAGAAUGAGUACCGAAUGCCUUGUCCGUAAUUCUUUCAUCCGUUCUGAAAUGCUUCAAGCCAUCCGUGUAUUCGGAUAUGGAGCAUGCAUUAACGGCUAUAACGACGGAUUGAAACGGCGUGCAGGAAGUCCAAGGAAGUAG